UGGGAAUGUUCAGACACACCUACUGAAAGUGAUAUCAGAAGUGGGUGCAUGCUGGACUACUGCUCUUGGAUUCCUUUCAUAUCCUCCACUGGCAGUCGGAGAAAUGAGUUGGACGGACAUAUUUUGUCACCCGGUGUGGGCUUUUUCCACGGUGCUGCUGGCUUUCGUUGUUCGACUGCAGAGGAGAGGGAGAUGGAAUCCAAGCGAGUGCACGGUGAAGCUCACAGGAAAGACUGCGAUAGUCACAGGAGCCAACACAGGGAUCGGGAAGUUCAUUGCGUUGGACUUUGCACGUCGUGGUGCCCGUGUUAUCCUGGCCUGCCGAAGUGAGGCCCGGGGGACAGCAGCUCUCCAAGAAAUCAGGGAGAAGUCAGGAAACUCUGAAGUCCACCUGCGUCUGGUGGACCUGUCCUCCAUGGACUCCGUCAGAACGUUCGCCAAUAGGAUUCUCGAGGAGGAAAAAGCUCUUCACAUCCUCAUCAACAAUGCCGGAGUAUCAGGUUUACCCAAGCAGAUAUCCAAAGAAGGACUAGACAUGACUUUUGCAACCAACCACCUUGGACCAUUCCUUCUCACCAACCUGCUGCUGGACCUGCUGAAAAGUUCCGCUCCGUCGCGAAUAGUCACCCUCAGUUCAGUCAAUCACGUUAAAGGAAAAGUGGACUUCUCUCAUUUCCAUGGGGAGAAUCUCACUUACAGGAUGGAUAAAGUCUACAACAACACAAAGCUGCACAAUGUCAUCUGUACCAACGAGUUAGCGCGCAGGCUUAAAGGGACAGACGUGACUGCAAACUCUGUCCACCCUGGUGUCGUCUUGACAGAAGUGAUGAGACACUAUCCAUUUCUUAUCCGGUUCAUUUUCAACCUCAUUGGAUUUUUCUUGUUCAAGUAUCCAGAGGAGGGUGCGGUCAGCUCGAUCUACUGUGCCGUGGCAGAAGAAACGGAGGGGAUAACUGGGAAAUAUUUUGACAGCGACUGCUCCAUUGUGCUCCCCUCCCCGUUAGCACGAGACGCUGCUCUGGCGGUCAAGGACUUUGAGAUCAGCGAGAGAGUGACAUCAAAGCUCUGAAACAACUAUCAGGCCAAAGGGGAGGCUUGAUAACAAAGAAAUGGGGGUCAAAUUCCAACCUCUUACUGCACUUCUUCAACUACAACUCUGACAUCAUCUCUUUUAAAUAGCAGGGGAGGUUUCUGAAUCCAUUUGUACAGGCGUUACAUAAUUUCAAGGAAAUUGUUUUGUGUAUUUGUGACGUGACAAAGCUGUGUUACUCUUCUCUGCAGUGGUUUGAACAACAGGCUUAAGACACAUAAUGUCACUUUUCCUAUUAAAAGAAGGUUCAGCGACAUAUGUGUAGUACCAGUGAACUGUUUUUCUGAGAGUGACGGUGACACCAUGUGGCCAACUGGAGCUUACAUUCCUCUUCAAAAAAGACAACAGGAGCUCCAUAAAGUGACACAACAAUUUCCCUUUAUUGAAUAAUUCAGUAAAACACAACAAAACAUUUAGGUAUUCAGUGCUUUUUGAAGAAUCUGUACAGCAUUCAUCCCCUCCAGUCUUUGACCUCGCUAUUUGGCUGCAGAGAAAGAGAUAGUGAGAGAACAGUGUUUUUACCAAAGAGGGUUUUUAAUCAAAGCACUAUCACUUGUAUCACUUCUUACUAUGUGACUGCUUCACUUUUUUUGAUAAUAAAAGCUGAUACAAUGUCA